GCGCUGAGCCGCUUAUGCUGGGCUUGUGAGCUCCCUCGCCAGGAAAGGGGUUAAAGCAAGAUAAAGCUGGAGCGUUAUGGAGACCAUAUGGAGGGGAAGAAAACCCUUUAUCCUGUAAUUGGAUUCGUUCCCAGCGGCUCCCGGCGGAGUGCAUAGCCCUUGGUUUUCUCUGUGGAGACUGCUGCGAGUUGGCCAGCCGGGAUGUAAUCUUUUGGGAAAAUCGUGGAGGAAAUCUGGAGGUUGUGCUCUCCAAUGCAGAAAGCUUCACCACAGAUGGAUGGGAAAGCUGCCAGCCAGCCACAUUUUUGAGGCUCUCACCAUGGUUUCGAAGAAGGCGAUGGCCAGUUUGCUGCUGGUGUACGUGGUGUCCAUGUUGGCUGAACAGACCGAAGGCUUCGUGCCAUUUUUCACCCAGAGCGACUUCCGAAAGAUGCAGGAAAAGGAGAGGAACAGAGAGCAGAAGAAAUCCCUGACCCCGCUGCAGCAGCUGGAUGAGGAAGGCCUCGCUGAGCAGGCUGGCGCAGAUGUCGCAACAAUCCAGCUAGCUGUUCCUGUUAAAGCUGGGAUGUGGCUCAUCUCGAGGCAGCUGGAAAAAUACCAAGAUGUCCUGGAGAAACUGCUCGCGGAGGUGUUACAGGACACCCCAGACGGUGAGGAGCUGAGGAGGAGAAAAUGAUAUAGAAAGCCUGGGAAAGACUGAAUGAUAAAUUUAAGGACACUUGUUCUUUCCUCUCUUUGCUUUUUAGCUGACUGAUAUCUGCAGCAUCAGAAGAGAAAGCGAUGCAGCUUGCUAAAGCUGAAAGACUCCACUUAUGUAAACGAAAUCUGUAAAAGAGAUUAACAACAAAAUCUGAGGUGAGAUAAUAAAAUGCGCAGUAUAAUUAAA